UCGUUCUACCCAGUAAGCUAAUAGAAGACUGCGUAGAUUUUUUCUUCACGUGCAUAGUUGCACUGUUGAGCCUCAUCUGACCGUCCGGUAAAGUUGAUACUGGGACGCCAGUUGUGACAUUUCAGGUGAAAACUGUUCUCCACGGUGUCGGCGAGGACAUGAGGGAGGUCCAGCGAGUGGGCCCGAGGACCCUGUUACAGGUGGCGGAGGCUCUCGAGGCCAUUGUCUGUAGGUGCGUUGGUCCCCACGGAGGCCAGGUGAUCUUCACCAAAGACACGGGUGAGGUGUCGAUCAGCCGGGACGGCAGGCGUGUGCUCGCCUCUCUGGUGUUGGAUCACCCGGUUGCCAGAGCGCUGCUGGGCUGCUUGUUGGCGCACUGCAACACCGCUGGGGACGGCGCCAAGUCCUUUGUCCUGCUACUGGCUGCUCUGCUCCGGGGCACUCGCGCUGCUUGUCGGGCCCAGGGCAAGGCGGGUCCGCACGGACGUCUGGCGGCCCAGCAGGUGUCGCGCUGGCUUCUCUCCUUCCAAGAGGAGGUGCUGGACGGCGUGAUGAGGGACCACAUUGCUCCACACACCACCGCCCUGUUUUCCCACACCAGUCCUGCAGAGUCCCGGGCCAGAGUGCGCCGUCUCAUGGAGGGAUUCUUCUGCGGCAGAGUGAACGCUGCUCACUCUAAGUUUCUGGCUGAAAUUGCUAGUGACUUCUGCUUCCGCUGGACCUGCAAACCGGACGGGGCCGAUGUGCUUCGACUCGUUCCUGACCGCUUCCCGGAGCUCCACACCGCAGUGACGGGGCUCCCUAUUGACCGCUCUCACAUUCUGCAAGGGCUGGUGAUCCACAGGGACUUUGCUGUGCACUGCCCCACGGACAGACCCUUAAACGCGCUGGCCAUCAGUGUACCUCUACAGACCUCCCUGCCGAUGGAAGCUGAUGGUACCCUGAUCAUCACUUCCAGCCUGCAGCUCUGCAGUUUUGGCAGCUGGGUGGCCGAUAACAUAGAGCGCACAGUGACUUCCCUGAAAGAGCUGCAGGUGAAGCUGCUGCUGUCUUCCGUGAAGCAGUCGGACCUGGUACUUUACCAGGCCAAGCGGGCUGGCAUGUCAGUGGUGGAGUGUGUCAGCCAAGAGGAGCUGUCUUUAUUCUGUCUUCUUGCUGGUGUGUCUCCAUUCGCAGACCUGGGAUUCUGGGAGGGAGUCGGUGGGAAACAUGUUGCUGCAGUGACCUUCUGCCAGCCUGUGGUGUUGGGCGCUCACAGGUAUGUGCAUGUGGGCUUCCCAGAGCGCCAGGGCUAUUUACCACACUGCCUUGUCCUGUGUGGGCCUGUGCCAGGCCUGACAGCCCAGUGCGUCUCGGCGUUCGGCGAUGCCUUCCGGACGCUGCAGCGAACCUCUGAGCCAAUCUGGUUGCGCCACCGGCGAAACAGUGGAACGCAGGCUUGUUGUUUGAGGAACGUCACAAGUUCGCGGGGAGAGCAGGACAACAUCAGAAAUGGUGAUAGGUCGGAUUUCGGCGUGCAGCAGACAGACGCCAAGGAACUGCAGGCAGCGUCGCUGGUGUCAGAUAAGGGUGCCAUGAGGACACUCUCUCAAGGUCAGUGUUGUAACAAGAGGACUGAGAGCCCAGAUCUGGUAUCACCACUGAACUGCUGCAUGCCACAGGACAAGAGCUGCAGAAGUCAAGGUCGAGCCUUUGGGAGAGAUGCAGAGGAAGGGCUUACAGACAACCUGGUCCGUUCAGAAACGUCUGCAAGGCCAGGUGCAGUGUUACCAGUAGGGGGCGCUUUUGAGUUCCUGCUCCACCACUACCUCUGGAAACAUUCCUUCGAGAGCUCCUGUCCAGAGACCAAGAUGUCCUGCAGACUGGUGGCUGAGGCAUUACUCAACGUACCCAGGCAGCUCUAUUUGCGCCAUAAUGGACACGGGCAUUUUUUAAAGGUGCGCACCAACUUCAUAUCGUGUCUCAGACACCAGGAGGUGGUGGGAUCGAUUACUGAUGGACCAGAGGCGCUGGAGUCGCUCGCCUGCAAAUACCAGUUGCUGGCAUCUGUUCUGCAGUGUGCGGGAAGGCUGCUGUCUGUGGACACUCUAAUUUAUACCACUGCUCUUGGGCUGAGAGAUAAAAGCAACAGGGAUGAUGAGGAUGAUGAGACCUGAGUGUUCAGUUGUGGUCAUCGUCUGUGACGCGCAGCUCUGGCUUUGUGCAGCUGUUGGAAAAUGUAGAGAGGCACCUGCUGGCGUGGUGAGGCCAAGACUGUGAAAUAUCCAUAAAUGUUUUUUUCCACUUGCACGUAAUGUUUAUCUUAUUCCAACGGUGCUGUAAGCUGGUUUGAUGCCUUCUGAUCUUACAGUGACCCCAGU